AUGGAUAAUUCCACCCAGGAAUCCCACCUUCGAUCGGAGAACUCGGUCACCUACGAAUCACCGUAUCCAAUCUACGCCAUGGCCUUCUCCCCCUCCCACCCCCACCGUCUCGCCCUCGGAAGCUUCAUCGAAGAUUACACCAACCGCGUUCACAUCCUCUCCUUCCACCCCGACACCCUCUCCCUCAACCCCCACCCCUCCCUCUCCUUCGACCACCCUUACCCUCCAACCAAGCUCAUGUUCCACCCUCGCAAACCCUCCCCCUCCUCCUCCUCCGACCUUCUCGCCACCUCCGGCGACUACCUCCGCCUCUGGGACGUCCGCGAAAACUCCGUUGAGCCUCUCUCCCUCUUCAACAACAGCAAGACCAGCGAGUUCUGCGCCCCCCUCACCUCCUUCGACUGGAACGACAUCGAGCCCAACCGCAUCGGCACCUCCAGCAUCGACACCACCUGCACCAUCUGGGACAUCGAACGCACCGUCGUCGAGACGCAGCUUAUCGCCCACGACAAGGAGGUCUACGACAUCGCCUGGGGCGAGGCCAGAGUCUUCGCCUCCGUCUCCGCCGAUGGCUCCGUCCGAAUCUUCGAUUUGCGCGACAAAGAGCACUCCACCAUCAUCUACGAGAGCCCCCACCCCGACACCCCUUUGCUUCGUUUGGCUUGGAACAAGCAGGACCUGAGGUACAUGGCUACCAUCUUGAUGGAUAGUAAUAAAGUUGUGAUCUUGGAUAUUAGGUCCCCCACUACCCCUGUGGCGGAGUUAGAGAGGCAUCGUGGGAGUGUGAAUGCCAUUGCUUGGGCCCCUCAUAGCUCCACGCAUAUUUGUUCUGCCGGGGAUGAUACUCAGGCUCUUAUCUGGGAAUUGCCCACGCUUGCUUCUCCCACUGGGAUUGAUCCCAUGUGCAUGUAUUCUGCUGGCUGUGAAAUCAACCAGCUGCAGUGGUCCGCGGCUCAGCCUGAUUGGAUUGCUGUUGCUUUCGCCAACAAGAUGCAGCUUUUGAAGGUUUAA